AUGUCUUACGACAUUCUUGGUGAGGACGAAGAUCGCUAUGAAACCGAUACUCCAGAUGAAGCCAACUGGCGCAUCAGAGCUCAACAGCUCUAUAGUGAUAAAGUGUUCACGCGGACGCAGAAGUUAGCACUACUCGACGAGAAAAUCGAGCUGCUCAAGCAAAAGUCGCCACAAGACAACAUCGCCAAGAAGCUCAUUGAAGAGUUGGAAGCUGUUCGUUUUGCUGAAGUCGAAGGAGAGAAAGCUCCACAGUUAAAGGCCUCAAAGCAGCAGCAGCGAGGGCCGGACCCUGAAGGGCUGUCACCGUACAAGCCAUAG